AUGAUUCAUGGCCCGUGUGGAGAUUUCAAUUUCAGUUCACCUUGCAUGCUGGCUGGUGUUUGCACUAAACGAUACCCAAGGCCUUUCUUAAAAGAAACUCAAACAGGUGAAGAUGGAUAUCCUAAGUAUCGAAGGCGGUCUCCGGAAGACGGUGGAAUAGCAAUAAAAAUUAAUGGAAAUGAUAUUGAUAAUCGAUGGGUGGUACCAUUUAAUCCUGUUUUGUCACGUACUUUCAAAGCUCAUAUCAAUAUUGAGUAUUGCAAUUCAGUUAAAUCUAUCAGAUACAUCUGCAAGUACGUAAAUAAGGGUUCUGGUCAGGCAGCGUUUACCGUUGAAAAUUUAGAUGAGGUUUCUAGGUAUGAAGCAGGACGAUACAUAAGCAGUUCUGAAGCAGUCUGGCGUAUUUUCGGUUUUCACAUUCAUGAGAGAUAUCCUCUUGUUGUUCAUCUAGAAAAUGGUCAAAGAGUUUAUUUCACAGAAGAGAACAUUGUUUAUAAAAUCGCGAAUCCAAAGAAAACAACGCUUAUAGGUUUUUUCGAUCUCUGUAAAGUAGAUGGUUUUGCGCGAAUUCUUUUGUAUAGUGAAGUUCCAGGUUAUUACGUUUGGAGAAACAAUGAAUUUAUUAGGAGGAAAAAAGGAAAAGUUGUGACAGGUUUUCCAGAAAUUAAAAAAGAUCAUGUGUUAGGUAGAGUGUAUACUGUCUAUCCCGGUAAUGCUGAAUACUACUAUUUACGCCUUCUCCUACAUGAGAUUCGUGGUCCUACUUCAUUCAAUGAUUUAAAAACUGUAGAAGGGGUAGAGCAUCCGACUUUUCAAGCAACUUGCAGAGCACUUGGAUUAUUGGAAGACGAUAUUAACUGGGAUCGUACUUUAGAGGAAGCUUCUAUUUUUUAUUCUCCUUAUAAAAUUAGAGAGUUAUUCGCGAUUAUGUUGGUUUUUUGUCAAGUGGGAGAUCCGAUAAAAUUAUGGACAAAGUACCGGGAAAGUUUGGCAGAAGAUAUCAAAAGACAAAUGGAAAGAGAGAGUAGAGAUGUUGAACUGAUCGUUGAUAUCGUUUACAACCAGUGUCUUAUCCUUCUUGAAGAUAUUGUUACAUCAAUGUCAGGUAAGUCAUUGUUAGAAUUUGGGCUUCCAGAACCAUUAAGAGAGCAAAGCAACGUUAUUAACAACCGUCAGUACAUGAAUGAAUUGGCUUAUGAUGUUUCUCAGUUGAUCGAAGCAGUUUCUGUAGGGGUUUCGAAAUUAAAUGACGAUCAGAAACAAGUUUAUGAUGAAGUCUUGAACAAUAUUGAUUCUAAUUCAGGGAAGUUAUUUUUUCUUGAUGCUCCUGGUGGAACUGGGAAAACUUUCUUGAUCAAUCUUCUGCUUGCUAAAAUUAGAAGUAGAAAAAAUAUUGCUGUUGCUGUUGCUUCGUCAGGGAUUGCAGCUACGUUAAUUGAUGGAGGCAAGACGGCGCACUCAGCUUUUAAACUACCUCUCAACUUGAAUCAUUCCGAUAAUCCCAUUUGUAAUAUCUCAAAGCAAAGUGACAUGGCGCAUGUACUCAGAGAAACAAAAAUUAUAGUGUGGGAUGAGUGUACUAUGGCCCACAAGAAAGGUGUUGAGGCCUUUAAUCAGACACUUCAAGACAUUAGAGAGAAUAAUCGACUUAUGGGUGGGUUGACUAUUCUUUUAGCUGGUGACUUCAGACAAACUUUACCUGUUGUACCACGAGGGACACGUGCAGAUGAAAUUAAAGCCUGCCUAAAAUCUUCAAUUUUAUGGCCUAAUAUAAAAGUCCUAUCGUUGAAAGUUAAUAUGAGGGUAUGUCUUCAAAAUGACUUGAGAGCGAAAGAGUUUUCAGAAUUAUUGAUUGACAUAGGUAACGGAAAUCUCCCAGAAGAAGAAGGAAAAAUAACCAUUCCAAGUAACCUUUGUGAAACUGUGGGAGAGUUGAUUACUUUGAUUAAUAGAAUAUACCCGAAUAUUCAACGUGGUGCAUUAGAUAGUUUAUCAUAG